AUGGAUGAUAAUUACAAAGUAGGCGUCGAAGAAUUAAAGAUUGCUCAUAAUCGGUUAACCGUAGUGCUUCGCGAACGUCAAAAGCGUCGAAGACUUCAAUUAGCCUCGGUAGAAGAAUUCAAAGACCUGUUCCCAAGUCAGAAACGCGACAAAAAACCAAAGAGAUCAGUUGCUCAAAAACCAAGGGCACAACAUAGUUCUAUAGAUAACAAAAUUACUUCGUCGAGAAACAAAAAUUCUAACAAAUAUCAAAAGAGAACUGCAGAUAAUUUCGAAUUUAAAAUUCCUUAUCCCAAAAAAACUCUUACAUCAAAUAUAUUAGAUGAGAAACAAAAAUCUCAAAUUAAUGAAUAUCAUAAUUUAUAUCAGGAUGGAGAAAAAACAAUUCGUAAUGAUUAUUGUCAACAUUUUGUGGAUUCGGGUCGACGACCUCAAAAUUUCAUUCGUGAUACCGAAUUGUCUCAACGAUUCGACGAAUAUCCAAAACUCAAAGAACUCACAAAAAAAAAAAAUGCAUUGGUGACAGAAAGAGCCACGCCUCCAACAUAUUUAAAGGCUGAUCUUAGAACACUUGACUUGAAAUCUCUUGGAACGAAAUUCGAUGUCAUAUUAAUUGACCCACCAUUACAAGAGUAUUGUAGAAGGUCUCCGUUGGUAGCGGAUGCUGCUGCAACACCUUCUUUCAUAUUCAUUUGGUCUGGAGAUGCUGAUGGUUUGGAUCGUGGGAGACAAUUACUUUUAAAGUGGGGAUAUCGUAGAUGUGAAGAUAUUGUUUGGAUAAAAACAAAUAAGAAAUGGAAGGGAAGUCAUUUCAUUGAGCCAAGAUCAGUCUUUCAACGUACCAAAGAACAUUGUAUCAUGGGUAUCAAAGGAACAGUUAGGCGUAGCACGGACGGUCAUUUCAUACAUUGUAAUGUGGACACUGAUGUGAUCAUAUCAGAAGAACCACAUUAUGGGGUAGGUACAGCUAAACCCGAGGAAUUGUACCACAUCAUAGAACAUUUUUGUCUUGGACGUAGGAGACUCGAAUUAUUUGGCGAGGAUCAUAAUAUUCGUCCGGGAUGGUUAACUGUUGGCUUGGGCCUAUCAAGUUCAAAUUUUGAUGCGACAACUUAUUUGUCAUAUUUUUCUGAGCCAAAUGGAUAUCUCCUUGGUUCAACAAAUGAAAUUGAGGCUUUACGACCUAAAUCGCCUCCGAUUCGCGAUAAUUCAACGGCAAAACUUGGAGCUCAAGGCAAUAUUAUAAAACAAAAAGCCAAGAAACAACAACAACCUACUUCAAAUAUUAUGCCAGUUCCUUCAAUGCCCCCUACUUUACCGGCAUUUUCUCAUCGGUGGAUUCCUCCGCCUAUGGAUUCAAAAGUGUACGGUACUCCAUCUAUGGAUGGAAACGUUUACGGAAAAUAA